GCUAGAGAAAGAGGCGAAAGAAAAGAAACCCCAAUAAAAAAGGCGACCGCGCAAUCGAUCCUGAGAAUCGGUUUCACUCGAAUCUCCUGUCCUGGUGGCUCCUGGCGCAACGUCGAAGGUUACAACGUCGAAUCCAAUCGGCGGACAGUUACACCUUGCAGUUUUUGAAAGCUUUCUACAGAGCGGGACCUCAGGAGCGUUGCAGAAAUCGGUGUAAUCGGCGAAGAAAACGCUCAAAUUUGACGCGGUACCCAGUGUCUCGCAACCGGUGUCCUUGUGCGAGCGGUGCGUUGUGCGUUGGCCCAAACCAGAGCACGCGAUUGGCAUUGGAGAGUAACGAUGGCCCGGCAACACCAACGGCCGACGGAGUCAAAAGUGAAAGUUCACCAGCCACUGGCACUAGAACGCAGCAGCCGCCCUUUUAUGUGGACAUCCGUGCCCUUGCUGAUGACGGUGGUGGUGCUCCUGCUGUCACCGACAGUGACGCCUGUCCACGGACAACGGCUCCCGGAAGGCAGUGCGUUACAGCACACUUCCGGAUCCGGUGCUGGUCCUCUGCAUCAUCGGCGACACCAGCAGCAUCAUCACCAUCGGGAAUCAGCACCCGUCGUUGAUCUCGACGAUAAAGUCGCGGCUGACGAUGACGGUGGUGGAGGCGCAAAUCCCCACAACGGGAAGCCGCUCGGCAACUUCCUCCUAACCGAUUACCUCAACGACGGUGAACGGGAACGGCGCAUCAGUUGGAACGGCAUCAUCGGCAAGGAGACGAGCCUCGCUGACACUGGUUCCAACAAAACGCUGGCCCUCUGGCAGAUGGCAACCGGCACCUAUCUGAUGCAAAUCAUCUACAACAGCGACGGCGACAUGAUGGACUGCGAGUACGUCCGGCAGCGGUCGCUGGUGCACCAGUUUCACGAACGCUUCCGCACGGAGUUCAAACAGGCGCGGGCACGAAAUUUUAGCUCACCGUUCACGUUACCCGCACGGGGCCGCCAGUCGCUGGUGUCGGAUCACGAGUUCCGGGAGUAUCUCGAGCACGACGUCGUAACGUCCGAGAUGGAGGAACUGCAGUACAACGUGUACGAGUUUCCGGCCGGUGUGCCACAGGCGCAACGGGCCGCCGAUGCGUUUGGGAUGCGCAAUCUCACCUACAUUCCGCUCCGAACACCGGCCGACAUCCCGGACGAGCUGAGGGGCCAGCUGAACUUCCACGAGCUGAAGCAGCGGUGCAACGUGCGGCAUAUGCAGCUGAAAGAGAUCGCUUCCGGGCUGCGGAGCGCGGACCCAGAGCACCAGCGGAUAGCGAACGAGAAGCUGCAGAGACACAAGCGGGCCAUCGCCGACUGGUUCCUGUCGCCGAACACGAAAUGGUGCGGCAAGGGACAAUCGGCCGUCCACUACCGCCAGCUAGGAGGCGCAUCCCGGGCGGACAUGUGCUGCCGGAAGCACGACCACUGCAAGAUCAUGGUACCGGCCAUGGGCACCCGGUGGGACCUGUUCAAUUUGCGUCCCUUCACACUCAGCCACUGUAGCUGCGACACGAGGCAACGCCGCGACCUGUCCAGCAUGCUGCGCGUCCCGGGCACCAAGUGGUGCGGCAAGGGCUGGAGCGCCCGGAACUACGUCGAGAUGGGCGGCUACUCGAAGGCCGACCGCUGCUGCCGCCAGCACGACCUCUCGUGCCCCUUCUGGAUGCUGGGCUUCGAGACGAAGUACGGCCUGUUCAACUGGCGCGUCAACACGCUGAUGCACUGCAGCUGCGACGAGAGGUUCCGCACCUGUCUCAAGAUGGCCGACUCGAGCGACGCCAAUCUGGUCGGCAAGCUCUUCUUCAACAUCGUGCAGAUGAAGUGUUUCGUGCUGAAACCGGAAUCGGUGUGCGUGAAAAAGUCGUGGUGGGGCAAGUGCGAAAAGAAAAUUCGCCGGAAACGCGCCCACCUGCGGGACAACCGGAAGUUCUAAGGAGCCUGCGUGCCGUGUGUGUGUGCGAGUAUGAUUCCUAAUGCUGUCGCCAUCCAUCGCGUGGAAGCCGGAUGGCUGCAGGCGGCUACGAUCUGUUGAUACGUUAUUUAUUGUGUACCGGUUAAAAUUACUAUUUAUUGCCCCCCAUUGCCAGCUCGAGGGGAGCGGGGAGCUUUGCAGCGACACGUGGUGACACUAUUUAUGCUCGGUAGCAGCUACAUCAACAAACGGAUUCCUAUUAGUUUCGUAAGACACCAGUAGUGAUCACAGAAAGAAGCGCGAUUUAGAGAGCGAAGAAGAGCGAUUAGGACGGGACUGUAAAUAUGUAGUAUUCCUUUGUAUCCGAUGGGUGCACUGUCCAAUUGAGAAAAACAUAGAUCUGAUCUAGGGGCGGCGGUAGCGUCCUAGACUUGUAGUAUUAGUAAAUGUUUAGUGUGUAAAGCGUGAACUCAAGCGGCGUCUAUAGGUUGAAUUCCAUGACAUUAGCGUAACUAUUAUAAGCGGCCGCGCAAGUGACGCACGUGAGAACCACUAUUGCUAUGAAAAGUAGGGUCGUAGUAAUGCGGUUGCUGAAAUCAGCCCAAACGGAUAUUAAGAUAUUUAGGACUCGUUAGGUUAGCAUUCGGCCCAAGUGGCAGUGGCACAGAAGUCGGACAGAAAAAUUAUCCUUGGUUGUUGGUUGUAAAUAUUGAACCUGAAACGCGCAAGAAACUGGACAUUGUGCGUAUGUAAAUAUUAUCGGAGCGGUGUACAUAGGCGUUUGAUGGAAGACGGAAGAAGCAAAUGGCGGAGGGAAUAAAAAUCAAAAUAACAAUAAGCUUAACACUGUGGUGUUUGUGUGUUCGAACGCUAGCGUGCGUCGCCGUAGUUUCUACAGAACGGAAUUUGUACAGCCCAUAUGCAUGGAAAGGGAAGCGAUUUAGCCACUACGUAGCCAAUUGAACUUACAACGGUGAUCCACAGAGAAAUGGGAAUCGUAACUCACCGCCCUAUUGUUCCAAUCUAACUUGUUCCACUUUAAACUGUACCGAAAUAAUGGAAAUA